UAAUGUUAAUCAUAUCAAUCAACGCGAUUGAUAUCUCAACACGUAAACAUUAAUAAUGUUAAUCAUGCUAAAAAGGAGUGGAAAGGAAUUAAUUCCGUCAAAGAUAUAAAAAGAAACAAGGUCAUUUUGAAUACAUAUACCGUUCUCUCAAUUUUAACAUCUUCACCACACCACAUCAAAAAUGGUCUUGCGAGUGUCAUAUGUUUUGGUGGUUCUAACCAUUCUUUCCAUGGAUCAUAGAAUCUCUCAAGCCACAUCCCGUGUUGCGUUUCAGGAGCCAUCCAUUGCUCAUCACUUCCAACAAUGGAUGAUCAAGUUCUCUCGAGUUUAUAGCAAUGAACCCGAGAAACAGAUGAGGCUGGAAGUGUUCAAGAAAAACUUUGAAUUCAUUGAGAAUUUUAAUAGUAAGGCGAACCAAAGCUACAAACUUGGUGUCAACGAGUUCACGGAUCGGACUAAGGAGGAGUUCCUAGCCACCCACACCGGUCUCACUAGAGGCAUUAAUGUAACUUCAUCAUCCGAAGCGGUUGAUGAAACUAUGUCAUCUUGGAAUUGGAACGUCAGUAAUAUCGUCGGCCAGAGCAAAGACUGGAGAAUGGAAGGUGCUGUAACACCUGUCAAACUGCAAGGACAAUGUUCUAGUUGCUGGGCUUUCUCGGCGAUUGCAGCAGUGGAAGGUCUGACAAAGAUUGCCGGAGGAAACCUCAUAUCACUGUCCGAACAGCAACUUAUAGAUUGUGACGGAGCGCCUAACGAAGGUUGCAGGGGAGGAACAAUGGAAGAAGCUUUCACCUACAUAGCACAAAACGGAGGCAUUUCUUCAGAAGACGCAUACCCUUACCAAGAGAGAGAUGGGACUUGCCAGUCCCAGGCCGAACCCGCCAUGCAGAUCAGAGGUUUCCAAUACGUUCCACGCAACAACGAGCGUGCAUUGCUCGAAGCUGUAUCGAUGCAGCCCGUCUCGGUAAGCAUUGCCGGGUUGGCUGAAAGUUUCAGCCAUUACUCAAGCGGAGUGUACAGUGAUCCGGCCUGUGGGAUCGCCACGACUCAUGCAGUGACGUUGGUUGGGUACGGGAUGAGCCCGGAAGGGAUUAAGUACUGGCUGGCUAAGAACUCUUGGGGUGAGACUUGGGGAGAGAAUGGUUACAUUAGACUCCGUAGAGAUGUGGAGUGGCCUCAAGGCAUGUGUGGUCUAGCUCAGUAUGGUUGUUAUCCGGUUGCUUGACUAGCUUAUCCGGUGAUAUGAUAAACUGAAAUGAUCAAACAUUAUGUCGUUUGGUCUAUUUUAUGAUUUCUUUAAAAAACUAUAUCGCAACUUACGCUUGACCAUAAGCAUUAUAAUGUUUCAUUCUGUUGCUCCAUAUAAUAAAUGCAACAUUUAGUUUUCACUCCAUCCCUUCGAAAUGUAUUUUGAAAAUUUUCUACACAUACUAAGAAAGUAUAUUAAAAUUUCCUACUAUACCUUAAUUCACAAUAUAAUUUUAUAUUUCUAUUAAUAGAUUAAAUAAGUAAGAUUGAACCUGACGUUUUGUUUAAAACCCUUGCGUUGAAAAUCCAAGAGAAUAAUAUGAAAAACAAAGACAAUCCUCACGAAAUUUAUUUUACCCAAGUCAGGGUGAUAUAAACCACACUCACCUACGAGGCCGAAUAAAUAAACUAAUAGUAUACAUUUAUUUUAUAUGUUUAAUUUACUUUGAUAUUAAUGUUUUAAAAACUAUAUUGAAUAGUUUUGGUUUAAAGUUUUAUAAAGUAAAAAUUAUACUGUUAGUUAAAAUAUAAAAUAUUUUAAUAUUCAUUUAUUAACCCCAACCGCAAACGCUAGUGGAAAACAGAUAUAAUGAAGUUUAGAGCUGUUGCAAAUACUACGUUUGCGGAUGGUAACAAAAAACUAGUCAUACCCUUAAUAAAGUGAGAUGAGCUGUCUUUAUAGUUAUAUUUUAAGUUUUUAUAAUUUAAAUUAAGAUAAUUUAAUUGUUUAUAUAUUUAAAUUAGACCAAGUUAUCUACAAGUUACCAAGUUAUCUAUAAGAUUUAUUUGUUUGCUGGGAAAUAGAUAUUAGAUUGUUCUAGGAUUAGUUUUCACUUAUAUACAUAUAUGUAUAACUUUUGGUAUUACACUUUCAGAUCAUAACUGAAUAAAUUAAAAUAUCAGCAACCAAUCAAAUUAAAACAAUUUAUGAAACUUCACAUAUAAAUGACAUGUAGGCAAAAAUAAUUUAAGUAAUAUUUUUAGUAGGAUAGAUACUAAUAUAUUAAGGGAUUUAUUGUUACAUAUCCUUCUAUUUAUUUUUAUUUUUUAUCUUUCUAUAUAUUGUUAUUUCUUAUCCUUCUAUAUAUGGGGUCAAAAUCCUUCUAUAUAUUGUUAUUUUUAUCUACUUAUAUUAUGAAUGAAAUCAUGAUGAUAUACAGUUCCUCUAUUUACAAAGAGUGUUAUUUUAUCACAUUUCACACUAUUAGAAAUUGCAAAAAACACUAAUCUCCAAUUUUAAUGUAUAAUUAAUAAAAUAAAAAUGAUGUAAAGUAGAAUUUUGUUGGUUAUUUAAAAGGACAAAAAUAUGUAAAUCCAUAUUUUAAAUGUAAAAUGACAUUUAAAAUAACAAAAAAAAA